AUGCAGAAGCAGAGCCUCACCGAUCAACUUCAUCAUCUGAACACUUCAACUUUCAUCGCUAAAACGUCAGUGUCAUUUGCCGAGGACUUUCGGGAAGGAAAGGAACAAGUUCUGUUGCAAAACCUACAUUACUUUAUCUGUCUCACUAUCAAAGCACUCCAGAGUAUGCCUCCAUCAAGGCGUGUUCGAGCUAGUGCACCCAUCGACAAAUACUUUCCUAGCGACAGUUUGGUGAUAGGUGCAGGAGUUACAAUCUUUCACCUCGCCACCUCCCGCAUCGUAAUAUGUAAAGACACACGUAGUGGUGUCUACUUCCUCCCCAAAGGCCGCAAAGACGCAAGUGAAGAAAUGACUACCACAGCAAUCAGAGAAGGAUAUGAGGAAUCAGGGUACAGGUGUCGGUUAUUACCUUUACCUUUGCCACACUUGCAACCUAGCCCUGCAACACUGCAUAGUAGAAAUGGGGAAGAAGGUGGCAUGGACCAAAGUAAAUGGGUGAUAGAGCCCCUUGCAACACGAAUGAUGCCAGUGGCGAGGGAAUACCAGUAUUUGCUUUUUUGGUAUGCUGCAGAGACUUUAGCUGAAGAGGAUGAGGAGGCUUUGAAUGAUGUUUCUGAACAGGGGUUUGUUAAGCCAGAAGCGUUUCCUGAGAAUCUGACAUUAAAGCAGAGGGAAGCAUUAGAUAGUAGAGAAGAGGGUAUUUAUGAGCCAAAAAGGCAUGAGGGUACUGGAGUUGAUGAGGACGAGGCCUUCUACGUGGUUGAGGUCACGAUCCUCCGGUACGGAGCGUUGACCGCAUGUGUUUUUCUGGCUUCUGUCAAGACCAACACCUAUCAAAAAUCAUACCUAACGAUCCUUCAAAGACAUGUCAGCCCUAGCUCAAUGACACCUGAACUUGGGGAUCCACUCCUAGAUAUGGCUCCAGCUGAAGAUAUUGCUCAAAUGAGAGCUUUACUGUCCGCCCGCCAAGAAUCGCCCUCAGAAGAAACUAUACAGAAUGCUUUAACCAUAGCUACAAAAAGCUCUCAUCUCGACAUAAUCAAGCUUCUGUUGAAUUACUACCCUUCCAUCCAUCUAAGCGAAGAGACUGUCCGAGCCGCAGUCAACACAGGCUCCAUCCCCAUCUUAGAAACCAUACUCACCCACAACCCUUCAAUCAUGAACAUGCAGUUCGAUCACAGAGGCACACCUCUCAUCAUAGCUUGCAUGGGUCGCCAGAGUAUAUCAUACCUCAACUUUCUUCUCGAAGCAGGUGCAGAUCCAAAUCAAGAUCCAGAUGCUGCUGCCUUUCCACUCGCGCUGGUUGCAGCACUGUAUUCUGAUCCUGAGGUGAUUGAUUUGUUGCUAGAUCAUGGUGCGAAGAUUGAGCACUCAGGAGCUAUAGCUGCUGCGGCUAGAAGAGGGAAUGAGAGGAUGCUGCAACGACUUUUUGGAUUGUGGUCUGGGCAUCUUGGCGUAGUGAGGAUCUUGCUUGAUUAUGGUGCUGAUUCUACUGUGAGGGAUGCUGAUGGUGCUACCGUUUUUGAUGUUAUCAGGCAGAUGAGGAACGAUGGGAAGGACGUGGCGCAGAUAUCAGAAAUUCUAGGGGAAGAUCCGAGCUGCGGUAUCUAG